ACUCAUAUAUAGCUAUCUAUUUGAAUUCUGAGAACAGAAACAAUUUCAUUAGCUUCAAUGGCAAUGACAAUUCUUCAAGUUUUGUUGCCAAUCCUGCUGGCGAUGGUGGCAGGCAUAGCAGCUGCUCCUCCUACUGGAGAAGUCUAUAAUUACAAAUAUGGGUAUGCAACCUGCAACAUAAAGAAGUACAAGUAUUGUUAUAAUUGGCCUCAAGAGUGCCCUGCAUCUUGCCCUAACAAAUGUAAAGUGGAUUGUGCCACCUGCAAACCUAUCUGUGUUCCGAAAGAGAAAGCUAGAUGCAAGAACAAGAAAUUCACUAGCUGUUACAACACAGAACAUGUUUGCCCUGCUUCUUGCCCUGGUGCAUGUGAGGUUGAUUGCACCACUUGCAAACCAGUUUGCAAGUGUGACAAACCAGGAGCAGUUUGUCAAGACCCUCGUUUCAUCGGCGGUGACGGAAUCACAUUUUACUUCCACGGCAAGAAAGACAGCAACUUCUGCCUCGUCUCCGAUCCCAACCUCCACAUAAACGCCCAUUUCAUUGGCAAAAGAAACCACAACAUGAAGAGGGACUUCACCUGGGUCCAAUCCAUUGCUAUCCUCUUCGACAACCACCAACUCUCUGUCAGCGCCCUCAAAACUGCCACAUGGGAGGACUCCAACGACCGCCUCGCCCUCACCUUCGACGGAGAGCCCAUCGCGCUCCGCGAAUCAGAGGGUGCCGCGUGGAAGUCCUCCUCCGGCGUGUCCAUUUUGAGGGACGCUGACACGAACAGCGUGGUUGUUGAAGUUGAAGGGAAGUUCAGGAUGACAUCAAAGGUUGUUCCUAUAACUGAAGAGGAGUCGAGGAUUCACCGAUAUGGGAUUACUGAAGAGGAUUGCUUUGCUCAUCUUGAUGUUGGGUUCAGGUUCUUCUCUUUAAGUAGUGAAGUGAGUGGUGUGUUGGGACAAACAUACAAGCCUGAUUAUGUGAGCCGUGUGAAUGUUGGAGUGAAAAUGCCUGUGUUGGGUGGUGCAGGGAAAGAGUUUGAGACUACUAGCUUGUUCUCCCCUGACUGUUCUGUUGCCCGGUUUGUUGGAUCCAAUAAUGAUGAGGUUGUGACUUUGGAGAUGCCUGCAAUGAAUUGUGUGAGUGGAAUUGAUGGACAAGGAGUUGUCUGCAGGAGAUAAUUUGCUUGUCUAACAAAACAUGCAUGGGGCAGAGAAGUGCAUCAAGUGAUGAUUGAUACUUUUAUCUGCAGAGUUUUUACUUUUAUUCCUAAUAGUGAUUAUGAUGAAAUGAUCAUCAAAUAAUUCUUGGUGGUGUAUGUAGCUGCCUCAAAUUAUGUAUUCGUGAUACUGUAUCAUGAGAAAUUGUAACAUAUAUAUUACAUUUAUAAGAAUAAGAAAACACAAUUAUGUA